AUGCGCAAACCGGCGGAGAGAAUCAGAGUCGACUAAGCUAUCCUCUGGUACUGUUCAACCAGUUUAGCUCAGUGCUUUAGCUGACUAUUGUAAACAGUUAUUGUUUAACAGAAAAUCGUUUCUAUCGAGCGGAAUUUAAGUGACCGAGGCGUGAAAGAAUAUGCCCAAAAAUAAAGGUAAGGGAGGAAAGAAUCGGCGACGUGGAAAGAACGAGAAUGAGUCUGAGAAGAGAGAGUUGGUGUUCAAAGAGGACGGACAGGAGUAUGCUCAGGUGAUUAAAAUGUUGGGGAAUGGACGUCUGGAGGCCAUGUGCUUUGAUGGAACCAAACGGCUUUGCCACAUCAGAGGAAAACUCCGGAAAAAGGUCUGGAUUAACACGUCGGACAUCAUCCUGGUCGGACUGAGAGAUUAUCAGGAUAACAAAGCUGACGUCAUCCUCAAGUAUAAUGCAGACGAGGCUCGCAGUUUGAAAGCAUAUGGAGAGCUGCCAGAGCACGCCAAAAUCAAUGAGACAGACACCUUUGGGCCUGGAGAUGAUGAUGAGAUCCAGUUUGAUGACAUUGGUGAUGAUGAUGAAGACAUUGAUGAUAUCUAAAGACUUGCUACUGGAGGGCGAAGGUGGGAUUUUACUCGAGAUGCUCUGACUGGGAUAUUUUGAGCCGAUACACCACACCAAUAAUGAUUAUUUUUAUUAAGAUCAGCCUAUGCCAAUCCAAUACACUUAAUAAUCAUACAAUAUGUUUCUUUUUAUUCCAGUUUGUAAUACAUCUGUGGGCGUAUUUGCUGUUUUGGAGAACUAAAAGUGCAUUUUAUAAAGGGGGUAAAGAAGCUACAUCAGUACUUGGUUGAUUGUUGAACAUGAGAUGCUGCUUUAGUGAGACUGUCUGUUAUCAGUCGCUGUAGAAAGACGCGUUUCUUUCUCCUUCAUGCAGUUGGAUUGGAGAAUCGGUAGGCUGAUCACCAGCAUCUUAUCUCAUGUAGGGUGAAUAUCGGGAUCACUGCUCGAUUUUUUCCCCUUAUUUUGUCCUAGCAUUGAACAGCAAACCUGCCUAGUCCCAUUCACAGAGGUUUUCUUCAAUUUCUUCUUCAAUUUUUUCUGUAUUAAAGGAACACUCGUUUACUCUUAGAGGCUCACGCCGAUACCAUGAUUGCAGAAUAUCUCACAACAAGUGCGUCAUCUUUUUAAAAUGUAUUUAUAUGAUUUCACUCUAUGUGGAAUUUAGUAACAAGUACAGAAUCUCUGGAUUCGACAAUAAAAAGAUUAAACAUUUUGUUUUGUUAUUUUUCCUUUGGCAGUCUGUAUCAUUGUAGCCUGUAAGACAGUUUGACAGCUGUUUAUCAACGAUGAAGAUAAAGAUAAUAACACUGAGUAUGGCUCUGUGUCUCUCUAGAGGUUUCACUGAAAUUCCUCUGAUAAAGUAUUUGAAUAAACUAUUUGCUCGUUUUAGAUCCACCCAUGGCCGAUUGAAGGCAGUCCCACUCCCCUGAAAUUUAAAAGAAGAAUCAAAAUGUAUUUUUCUAUUGUUUCCCUUUUUUGUGUUUCUGUCUGUUUUGUUUCCAUGUUCUGUUUCGGCUGCUCGCUCUGUGGCUUUGACACGGUGUGAAGCUCGGCCUGGUCUGCCACUCUUGCUUCAUGCUGGAGCAGCGGUUCCCAAACCUUCACCACAGACUCACACACCAGUAAAACCUCAGUCUUAAUCUUACACGGAUAAACAGCCAAAUAUAUAGAACUUUAUCCCCCCCCAAACCCCUCUCUGGAAACUGCCCCAUGUUUCCUUAGGGGGCUGAGCACCUCAGUUUGGGAACCACUGCUCCAGAUCAAAUGGGGCUCUGUUGCUGCUGUUGCUGUAACUCUGAUGAAUAAAAAAUGUACUAUGAUGUUUGAAGGCUGGGUUUCCAAUAAAGAUCUUAACUCCACUGA